UUGUUUGUGUAUACCUUAUUCUAGCCAAGAUAUCAUCAAGGUCCAAUAUUGACUCAAGUAGCAAUAGCAGUUAAUAAUAUGAAUCCCUUUUGUGUUUUUUGUUCAUCCCAUGUCAUCUUUCCAUUGUGUCAAAUAUUACAUGUAUGUCGAAGCUAUUUUAGGGGAGUUCGUGAUUGUUCGUUCGUACCGUCAAGCCAGUAAAAUUGAAAAACGUCAAAAAUAAUCCUUGGUUCUCUCCGCUUGCUCCCAGACUUUUAGCAACCAUGCAAUCUGUGGGCCCUGCAGGCUUUUACAAUGCUCCCAUCAGCAAGGUCAUUGCUCUCAGUGUCGGCGCCACUAGUCUGCUGGCCUCGGUGUUGAACAUCAAGCCUUAUUUUCAUCUACAGCUGUCACCCCAUCUCACCACACAUCACCAGUUUUGGCGACUCUUUGUAUCCCACCUCGCAUUCGCUAACUCAAGUGAUCUGCUGUUCGGUGGCAUCAUGAUCUACCACAUGCGAGUCAUUGAGCGUCACUUUGGAACAGCGAAAUAUGCGGCGUUCAUUGCCAUCGCAUGGCUGGUUUCCACAUUAUUAGAAGUCGGUGCUCUAGUGAUGCUUUCCAAACUGGGUCUACGAAGCAUACCCGCUGGACCAUUGGCAAUUCUGUUUGCUAUGUUGUACCAGUACCAUCGCAUCAUCCCGGUCACUUACAAAUUCAAAAUUUUUGGAGCAACACUAAGCGACAAGACGUACAUCUAUGUCAUUGCAGCGCAUAUGAUGCUCUCCCAGUCUAUUGCUACCAUUGCCCCGGCCGCGUGUGGUCUGUUUGCUGGAGCAUUGUAUAGAUCGGAUAUCAUGGGCAUAAAGAGGUGGCGUUUUCCCAAGAUCGUGAACAACUUUGCCUCUCGAAUUCUUUUACCCGUCGUAGCUUCAGCUCCUGCUGCGCGAUCCACGGCCACCACUCCUGAACAAAGAGCACAAUCAACUGGUCUGCCAAUGGAAGCCAUGAUGGCGACAGGUAUCCGUAAUCGUCGACAGGCUGGGCGUGGAGGACAACCCCGAGGCGGUGUUGAUGGUACUAUGAGAGAAUACAUCGGAACGCUCGCAGGACGAGCCCCAGAAGCAGGCACAUCAGCAAGGCCUCCAUCAGAAGAACACAUUGCGAUCUUAAUGACCAUGUUUCCUGGGCAAACUCGUGAAACUGUCAUCCAUGCUUUGGCCACUGCUCAUAACGAUUUGAAUCGAGCUGUCGAAAUUAUGCUUAGUAGCCCAUAAAGAACUCUCUAGUUCCCACUCCACCUCACCUUGCCUCAAACUGUAUUUUACUCCCGCACCCGACCUUAGUAACAUAACCUAGAAUAUCCCGCAUUACAUGCUAUCAUCAUGAUGGAAAAAGAAA